GCACCAGUCCCGGGUGCAGCCGGGCAUUAGUGGAGAUGGCGGCGGCGGCGGCGAGUCCUGGGGGCGGUGGGGUAGCUUUAAAGCCCCGCACGUCCCCCAAGUCGGUCAAAUUCUUGUUCGGGGGCCUGGCUGGGAUGGGGGCCACUGUUUUUGUGCAGCCUCUAGACUUGGUGAAGAACCGAAUGCAGCUGAGUGGGGAAGGGGCCAAGACCCGGGAAUACAAGACUAGCUUCCAUGCCCUCACCAGUAUCCUGAGGACUGAAGGGCUUCGAGGCAUCUACACAGGGCUCUCUGCUGGGCUCUUACGCCAGGCAACAUAUACAACCACUCGCCUUGGCAUUUACACUGUUCUUUUUGAGCGCCUGACUGGGGCAGAUGGGACACCCCCUAGCUUCUUGCUGAAAGCCCUGAUUGGCAUGACAGCAGGUGCCACAGGAGCCUUCGUGGGAACACCUGCUGAGGUUGCCCUGAUUCGUAUGACAGCUGAUGGUCGGAUGCCACCAGAUCAGCGUAGAGGCUACAAAAAUGUUUUUGAUGCACUCUUGAGGAUUGCCCGGGAAGAAGGCAUCCCCACCCUUUGGAGGGGCUGUAUCCCCACAAUGGCUAGGGCAGUUGUUGUCAAUGCUGCCCAGCUUGCUUCCUAUUCACAGUCUAAACAGUUUCUCUUGGACUCAGGUCACUUUUCUGACAACAUCUUUUGUCAUUUCUGUGCCAGCAUGAUUAGUGGACUGGUCACCACAGCAGCUUCUAUGCCUGUGGACAUUGUUAAAACCAGGAUCCAGAAUAUGCGGAUGAUUGAUGGAAAGCCAGAGUAUAAGAAUGGACUGGAUGUGCUGGUGAAGGUUGUUCGAUAUGAAGGAUUCUUCAGCCUUUGGAAAGGAUUCACCCCUUACUAUGCCCGGCUUGGCCCCCACACUGUCCUCACCUUUAUUUUCCUGGAGCAAAUGAACAAGGCCUACAAGAAGCUCUUUCUCAGUGGUUGAGAAACCCCAAAGGUGUCUGAGGACCAGGAGGAUAGGGCUUCCAGGAAUGGAGAUAUGUUGGGCCUACCACCCCACAUCCCCCAUGAGCUAUGUCUCUAUCCUCCCAGCCCUUACCAUAUGCUCAUCUUCAAAAGGGGGUACCUGGAUUCUGCCCCCCUGGCCCCCCUUUUAUUUAUUUCCCCAAUUUCUUCACUCGUUCCUUCUACCCCCACUAUGUGGUCUCUCCUUAUAUAAAAGACUUUGGUCUAUCCCCUGCUCAGACUUGGACUCUACUUCCCCUUCCCUCAAAGACCCUGGGAAUUGUCUCCAUAACUCCUGGUACCUCCAGUCAUCCCAGAAACAUCCUGUAGAGGAGAAGAGAGGGAUAGGAGGAUCUGUCAGAAUGGCUUGGAUAGUUUUAAGUUCCCCAGUCUAUGCUGAGGGAUGAUGUGCCCUGACUCAUAGAAUAUUUCUGCUUCCUUCCCAAGUAAGGAAACUAAGUAAGAGGGAGAAAAGGAGGAAGCAGAGGAGCUAGAAUGGGGAAGAGUGCCUAUAUAGUAGACAAGGAGGCCUCAUGGGAAAGUUGAUUACUUCUUUCAUUUCCAAACCCCAACAGAGAGCCUCAGAAAUGCCUAGUUAGAGGCAGGGUUGGAAUUUGGACUCUGUUCUACUUCUUUCCCAGCCUCUAGCUUCCACAUUUGAUAAGACUGGGGUCUUUUCACACUCCAAAUGCCCCCGUACUCAUUUCUGACAUUAGAAAUUAUAGUCAUAAGGAGACAAGAGAAAGGAAAAAAGAGGUAUUUAUCCCUACUGUGUGAGCUUGGGCACUCUCCUUUUUCAUCCUGAGAGAUGGGUUGCUUUGUGUAUUGGGGAACAGGUUGUCUUUGUCUUUCUUUUUAUCCUAAAAAAUAUAGGAUGAUGUUAUGCAAAUAAUAUAUAUAAUUAUGGUAAGUA